AGAUGAUCACAGAAUGGGUUUGAGUUCAGAUUUAAAACCAUCAUCAUUUGAUUUAGUUGAACAAUUGAAUGGGAUCAUGCGUGAGAUGAAUUCAUUCAAAGUUGAAGACAUCAUUUUCCAAACAAUCAACUUCAUGAAAAAGUUUGAUUACAUACCAGAGGAAGAUUUCAAAGAUUUCUAUCAAACUAAAAAUACACUGGAAAUUGCAACAGUCCACAUAUUCUUUGGUGAUAUGCUAAAUAAGGUUAAAUACAUGAAUCAUAAGGAUGAAUUGGUCAACUACGAUAUGGAUUAUGUCAAUUAUCCAAGCAAAUAUUUGUUUUCUAUCAUCGAUCAGUGGAAUUAUAUUGAUGUGAAAAACAUCUUUGAAGUGCUUCAGGAUCAAUACAAAAGGAGUGGGACUUACCAACUCCUCAAAAUACAUUCUGAUUUUGAUCACAGAUUUGACGUAGAAAAUAGAGGAGAUGUGACUGAGGGAAGCAUCGAACAUGAGUUUGCAGUAUUGAUGGCUCCAAUUUUCGAAAACACUUUUAUUUUCAACAAAUUAGAGGAGCAUCUGGAACGAGGAUCCGGGCAUGAGUACUUGGAUCCAGAAGUCAAACAACACAUUCUAGAUGUAGGAAAGUUUUUCAUCAAAGUAGGUGAUCUACCCAACAUCGAAGGAAAAGAAUUUUACCUCAGCUUUCCAUUCUUAUUUUUGGAUUUUGUGCAACAUAACUAUGGCAUACGUUUACGGGAUGGAGACCUGGUCGGACACGAUUUCGAGGCCAAGUUUGAAGCGAUGGCUACCAGAAGUCUGAUUCGCGAGGAACUAGACAAGCUUGCCAAGGAUAUCCGAAAGAUCAGGGUGGACCAUUUGACUUAUCGACUAAAUAUCCCCUCCGAGUUAUGCGAUCAAAUCACAAGGAGAAUGACUGGGAUUUUAUCUUUGAAGGAUAAAUUAGAAGAAUCUGCCAGGAUCCAUGAGAUCCACAAUUAUUCUAUGGUUGAUCAAGUCAACAAAGAUAUCCAGUCAUUGAGCCAGGGACCUCAUGGGCUUUACAAGUGGUUUUCUGAUUUUUACAAUUCUCGAAAACCACCAACUCAAAACCUUCAAGCUUGAGUCAGUCUUAAAAUUCUUACCUUAAUACACACUAUUCACCUCUCAAACAUAUAAAUAUAGGAAGAAGAAUCUCAUUGGUGGUUUUGAUAAUAUAAUUGAGCUUCAUUUAUCCAUGAAUAAUCUCAUCUGCUGUUUUUUCAUCUUCUUUUUUCCUUCUUUUUGGGUGUUUUUGUUUGUCUCUCCUGCUCUGGCUCUUCUAGAUUUUAAAUUCUUGUCUUUUUGAUUGGGUUUUCUCUGGAGGCUCAUAAAACCUCCAUCAAGUGUUUCAACAUGGAUUUGAAGGUGAUUCUUAUUUUGGGUGUUUUUG